CACGGUGCGUUGCUGAUGGUAACGGACGCAGAGAGGGCGGCGGUGGCGGCGGCGGCGGCAGCGGCGAGUUUAAAUCGGAGUUUUUUUAAUUUUUAUGACUCAAGGCUUGGUAGUGGCAGUACCGGAGCUUUGGGGUCCUUUGUUGGAGGUAAACCUUCAGCCUCAGUGCUGUAAGGUACAGUGAUUGCAGUCUUCUUUUCAAUUUGUUUUAAAAUGUUGAUUGAGUAAUAACAAGACAACAAAAUGAGUUGGGCUUUAGAGGAAUGGAAAGAAGGUCUGUCUACCAGAGCCCUUCAGAAAAUUCAAGAGCUUGAAGGGCAACUCGACAAACUAAAGAAAGAAAGACAACAAAGACAAUUUCAGCUAGAAUCUUUGGAGGCUGCCCUUCAGAAGCAAAAGCAAAAGGCUGAAGAUCAAAAAAAUGAAGGGGCAUCCCUCAAAAGAGAGAAUCAGAGCUUGAUGGAAACAUGUGAUAAUUUGGUGAAAAUGAAGCAGAAGAUUUCUCAUGAGCUUCAAGUCAAGGAAUCACAAGUGAAUUUCCAGGAAGGACAGCUAAAUUCAAGCAAAAAGCAAAUCGAAAAAUUGGAACAGGAACUUAAAAGAUACAAAUCUGAACUUGAGAGAAGCCAACUAGUGGUGUUACCAGGAGAUGUCUCAACACUAAAUAGUACACCGCAGAAGAAUUGUGGUACUCCCGUACAAUCAAGUCAUCAAAGUGGUUCCAAGAAUAAAGAACUGCAAGAAAAAUAUAAUAAAGAAGUUGAAAAACGAAAAAAGUUAGAGGAAGAAUUAAAAGCAUUACAAAUGAAGAAAGCAAGUAAGCCAGUUCCCCCAAGCACCCUUAGUCAUAGGGAAAUUGCUCGGCAUCAGGCUUCAUCAUCAGUGUUCUCAUGGCAACAAGAAAAGACACCUACUCAUCAUUCAGCCAGUGCUCAAGAAACUCCCCACAAGAGAGGUUUUACUGCCUUACAAAUUCCUUGGGAACAAGAAACACCGCCUAAUAGGAAGUCAAGUUGGCAAACGGAGAGGAAAGAUACUAGUUACAGUUUCCAUGAGAACCAAAGUAAUCUUAACCUGCUGGAUCAGUUAAAAGCCCAGAACCAAGAGUUAAAAUGUAAAGUUAAUGAAUUGGAUCAUCAACUGCAAGCCCAAGAACAUGACAUAAAAGGAUACAUGAAUAAAUUACAAGAAACACAGCUCCAACUAGAGAAAACAAAAUUGGAGUUAACAGAAAAAGACAAAGUUUUGAACAAAUCUGGAGAUGAAGUGAUGAGAUUAACAUCACAGUUGGAUCGGGUAACAGCCAAGUGUACAAAAUUGGAGCAGAAAUUGAAAAAAAUGUCUGAAGAUUUGAAUUGUCAAAGACAAAAUGCAGAAAGUACCCGAUGCUCUUUGGAACAGAAAAUCAAGGACAAAGAUAAAGACUAUCAGGAGGAACUCUCACAUCAACAACGUACUCUCCAGAUGCUAGACCAGGAAAACACUCAGAUAAAAACCAAACUAAAUCAAGAGUUACAGCAGGCCAGAAGUACUCAAAACAUAUUGCAAGCUGAACUUGAUAAAGUGAUAGUGAUGAAACAGCAGCUAGAGAAAAAUUCAGAUGAGUUUAAGCAGAAGCUCUGCAGAACUGAACAAGCAUUGCAGACAAGCCAGACAAAGGAAAACGAUCUGAGGAGGAGCAUGGAGGAAAUGAUGCAGGAAAAACAACUUCUCAGCCAUCAGUUAGAUAAAAAAUCAAGAGAAGUCAACCAACUGGAGGAAGAACUCAAGAAAAUGAAACAUUGUUUAAAGCAGAGUCAGAAUCUUGCAGAAGAAAUGAAAGAUAAGAAUGCCACUCAAGAGGGUGUUUUAAAAGCUCUACAAGAAAAAAUAAAUCAACAGGAAAAAUCUUCAGUGUUGGAGUUAGCAGUGGCGGAUCUGGAAAAGCAACGGGAUUGUUCUCAAGAUCUGCUGAAAAAAAGGGAACAUCAUAUUGAACAGCUAAAUGAUAAAUUACUUAACAUACAGAGAGAGUUAGAAGGGUUACUGAAUACCUUGGGAUUAAAGGAAAAGGAAUGUGAAGAACUGAAAAAAGAGACAAUUCUAUUUUCUCAGUGGAAAAAUGAAAAAGAACAACUUUUGAAUCAGUUAUUGUUAGAAAAGGAAGGCCUGCAAAGCACAAUUAGUAAUUUGGAAAUAUGUCUGAAGACGCAGCAUGUGAAGAGUCACGAUGUUAAUGAAAGCUUCAAAAUAAUGGAAACGGAAAAUGAAAAAUUAGGCUUAGAGAUCAAAAAUCUUCAGAAUGCAAUAGAAGGAAAAAAUAUAGAAUUAGAAGCACAGAAACAAGCCUAUGAAGAGCUCCAGCAAAAGGCUGAAUACUCAGAUCAGAAAUAUAAAAAGGAAGUAGAAAAUCUCUCCUUGAAGAUAGUUCAGUUAACUACAGAAGUUGAACAUUUGAAACAAAAACUACAGUUACUCUCCAGUGAAAUAAUAGGGAAAGAUCAGCGUUAUGAAGAAUUGCAUAUACAAUAUGAAAAGAUCAGCAGUUUAGUAAAAUCUGAAAAUUCUUCUCAAAUGAUGAAUGAAGAUUAUUGUGGUAGGGAUCUCUUGAUCUUAGAGCAACCAGUAUUGAAUAAUUCUAUUUCAAAUAUACUUGAAAUUCAAGGAAGCCUACCUUUAGAACAGGGAGAUAAGAGAACUAAAUUACAUUCAGAAGAUCAGAGUAUGGAAAAUGUAGCCAAAUUGCAACAUAAAGUUUCUUCAUCUGAGUUGUCUGCUGACUCUCAAAGUCAAUUGAACUCAGAUUUACAAAGGCAUUGUGAAGAGUUGGUACAAAUCAAAGGUGAAUUAGAAGAAAAUCUGAUUAAAGUAGAACAUACACAUAUAAAUUUUGUUACUGAAACAAACCUGUGCAUUAAUAAGUUAGAAGAAAGCAAUUCGCAUCAUAAAGUCAUUGAUGAAACUUUAAUUGCUCUUGAGAACAAGGAUAAACAGUUACAAAAGUUGAGUGAACAAUUAGAGUAUGGAGAAGCAGAGAUUAAGGAUUUAAAAACCAAAAACCAGUUACUUGAAGAGUCAGUAAAGAAGCUGAGUUCUGAAAUAAAGGAAAUUAAUUCAAUUCUCCUUCAAAACAAGAAAGAAAUUGAAGAACUAAUCCAUGAAAAUGGCAAUCUUAAGGAAAUUAAUGCAAUUUUAAAUAUAGAAAAAAUGAACUUAAUACAAAAAAAUGUUAGUUUUUCAAACUGCUUUAUUGAAAGAGAGAAAACUAUUUCAGAGCUAUCUGAUAGGAGUAAAGAGGAAGAACUUCUUUUGCUAAAGAGAUGUGAAGAAGCUGAAAAGGGACUUGAAAUUCUUAAAGAAAAAUAUAAAUUAAUGGAAGAAAAAAACAUUGAAUUGGAAUGUAUCUUAAAGGAACAUACUAUUACUAGUCUUUGUGGAAAAGGAAACAAUGAAUUAAAAGAACUAGAAGAAGCUUUUGCAAGAGAACACAAAGAUUACAUGAGCAAGCUGGCUUUAGCUGAGGAGAAAAAUGAGAAAUUAAUUUUUGAAAUGGAGACAAUGCAGUGUAGAUUGAGAGCUGAGGUUGUGGCUAUUCAAAAUAGUUCAAAGAUUGAAGCCGAUGGCUUAAGACAAGAAAUAUCAAAUUUCAAAGAUGAACAAAACAAAAUGCAAGAACAACAUCAUUUCUUGCUUCAAGAGAAUGAUCGACUAAUGAAAUUAGUUAAGGGAAAGAAUGUUCAAAUGAAUGAAUUGGUUCUUACUAGCAGUCCUGCUUCUGAACAAAUCAGUGAGUCUGUAAAUGAAUUAGAUAAUCUUGAGGUAACUCAGAUUGAAAUGUUACAUUUGAAUCUUGAAGCUAAAGACAGUUCUUUAAAUACUCAUAAUGCACAAGUGAUAUCACUUGAGCAAGUCAUUGAACAUAUGGAACUAAGACUUAAAGAAAGUGAAAAGGAGAAAGAAGUCUUACAGCAAGAAUUAGAAAUGAUAAAAAAAGAAUUAAAAAUUAGAGAUUCAUCUGAUCAGUCAUUUGAAACUAGCAACUAUGAACAUUGUAAAAGAGAAAUGGAUGAAAAAUAUAUUUCAGUUCUUCACGAACUAUCCACAAGCCAAAAUGAUAAUGCGCAAUUGAUGACUUCACUGCAGACAACAGUAAAUAAACUAAAUGAAUUAGAGAAAAUGUGUGAGAUUUUGCAAACUGAAAAGUUAGAACUGACUUCUGAACUGAAUGAUUCAAAAUCAGAAUGUAUCUUAGCAACUACCAAAAUGGCAGAAAAAGUAGAGAAACUAGUAAAUGAAGUUAAAACGCUAAAUAAUAAAAACAGUGAUCUUUCUGGUGAACUUAUAAAAGAGAAUGGUAAAGAUGAAUUUAGAGAACAAUUUGAUCAACCAAAGUCUAUUUGCUUAGAACUUAUAGAGGGUAGAAUUGAAGGUGGUAAUGACUAUGAACAUUUGAAACUGUCAAACAAAGAAGUUCAAAUGCAUUUCAUUGAGUUACAGGAAAAAUUUUCAUCUUUGCAAAUUGAACACAGAAUUUUACAUGAACAGCAUUGCCACAUGAGCUCUAAGUUGUCAGAGCUAUGUUCUUACACAGACACAUUAAAGGCUGAAAAUUCUGUAUUGUCGGUGAAUCUUAAAAAUAUACAAACUGAUUUGAUGAAGCAGCUCACUCCUGGUAAAGAAGAAAUUGUGGCUGAGGAGGGCGAGUCUUUAUCAUCCUGUAUGAAUGAAAUAGCCAAUCUUACAAGUUUUGUGGAAUCUUCUUUUUAUAAGGAUUUAUUUGAAGAAACAAGAGAAAUACCUUCUUUAAAUAGUUUAGAGGAGAAUCUUUUAGACAAUCAAUCCAGUGCUAAUAUAGAUGAAAGCCCUUGUAGCAGUCUUGAUGCAGGCUUUAUGACCAAGAAUACUAGAUCUGGUCCCAAUUUGAAUAUUGAAGAAUUUGAGACACUUUGCCAAAGUUACCAGAUAUCAAUCAAGAAUCUUGAAGACAAAUAUGAAAAUCAGAAAAUUAUGAAGGAUAAAGAGAUUCAAGAGCUUAAAGAACUCAUAUGUUCUGAAAGAAAUGAGCUAGAAUUCCUCAGAAAACAGUAUUUGUCAGAAAUUGAACAGUGGCAAGAGAAGCUGGCAAAUGUGACCAUGGAAAUGGAGUCAAAAUUGGCAGCAGAAAAGAAACAGUCUGAGUACUUGUCACUUCAACUUGAAGUAGCAGGGCUUCAACUUCAAGACCUCGAAUUAAGUUCUCGCUCAUUCCUUAUUGCUGAAGGUGAAGAUGCAAUUAAGAAAGACCAAGAAAACAGUAUCUUGGAUAAAGCAGAAGAACAUGUUUCAUUCAUCAAUGAAAAGAUAAUUAAGAGUGACGGACUACAAAUUUAUAAGCAGAAUCUUCAAGAUACCUUUAAUUCGGAGUGUGAGGAAAUAGCUGAAAUUGAGGGCAUUAGUUCUGUAGCAGUAUAUUCCAGGGAAGUGAAUUUAGAAAAUGAGCAUAGACGUUCAUCAGAUAAAACUCAUUCAGAAUGCAUUCCGGAAUCAUCAUUUUCUAGUAAUGAUACUUUGGCUGCUAUGGAUUUCCUUGAGAAUCAGGUACUCAUUCAGAAUCUACAAUUUAAAGUGAAAGAGACUUCAAAUGAAAACUUGAAGUUAAUCCAUGGCAUAGAAGAAAGGGACAAAAAAGUUGAUAGAUUGCUCAGUGAAAUCAAAGAAUUAGAUUACAAGGUGGAUUUACAAAAAGCUGAAUUAACUGCUAAGAUUUGUAUGUGUUCAGAAUUAGAAAAAGUAAUUCAGGAACUUCAGAAAGAAAAAUCAGAUCUGAAUGAGAAAUUGAGAUUUCUCUCUUAUGAUAAUCAAAAAUUACUUCAAAGAGUAACAUCUUUGGAAAACUUAAAUUCUGGUUUGGAAAUGUGCAAAGUUAUAUCCACAGACACUACAGAUGUUGAAGAUGAUGUAGCAAUGGUAAAUAAAAGCUGGAAAGAACAAUUUCUUGAAAUUGAAAAUGAAUUCAAAAAGGUAAAAUCUGAAAAAACCAGCAUUGAAAAUCAUGCCUUCUCCCUUGAAGCUGACUUGGAAAGUCUUCAAACAAAGAAUCUCUGUUUAGAAAAAGAUAAUGAAAAUAAACAGAAAGUGAUAUCCAAUCUUGAAGAACAGCUUUCUCUAAUCAUUUCUGAGAGGAACCAACUUAAUGGAGAACUAGAUAUUCUAUUAAAGUCAAAACUGAAAAUGGAAGAAAUAUGUGAUGAAUUGAAGGAAAGAGUAAAAGUACUUGAGUCAAGUCAAAGGAAAUCUCUGCAACAUAUACAAGUAGUAGAAUCUGAGGUAAGAGACAAAACACAACUCCUUCAGACCAUGUCAUCUGAUGUAAACCAAUUAUUAAAAGACAAAGAUUAUCUCCAAGAACAGCUUCAGAAUUUAGAGAAGGAUGCACAGAUGCUUAGUUUGAUAAAAGAUGGUUUGAAAAAUGAAAUUAGUCAAUUGACUGAUGAGAAAGAGCUAUUUCUAAGACAAUUGGAAAACCAGCAAGCCAAGUUGAAUGAUGUAGAAGCAGAAAAUGUAAACCUUUCUAAAGCCUUAGAGGGUUCUCUAAUUGAGAAAGGUGAAAUUGCAGCAAGAUUGAACUCAACACAAGAAGAAGUACACCAGCUGAAAAAUGGUAUAGAAAAACUAAAAGUCCGCAUAGAAGCUGAUGAAAAGAAAAAACACCAUGUUUUAGAAAAGCUGAAGGAAAGUGAACGUAAAGCUGACUCAUUUAAGGACAAAAUUGAAGCACUUGAAAGAGAAUUGCUAAUGUCAGAAGAAAAUCAAGAAGCAAUCAUUCUUGAUGCUGAGAAUGCGAAGUCUGAAUUGGAAACACUGAAAACACAAAUGGAAGAGUUAACUAAAGGCCUAAAAAGGUCAGAAUUGGAAUUAUCUGCUUUACGCUCAGAAAAUAUGUUAAAUGGAUUACAAGAAAAUCAAGGUCAACAGUCUAAAUUGGAAGAAUUAACCCAAACUAUAAAGUGUUUGGAAAUGGAAAUUUUUGCUUCAAGGACAGAGAAAGAAAAUAUAGUGAAAGAAUUACAAAAAAAACAAGGUCAGUUGUCUGAAUUGGAACAGUUGGCUCAUACCUUAAGUUUUUUAAAAUCAGAGCUAGUUGCAUUAAAAUCAGAAAAAGAGAUUAUUUUGGAUGAACUAAAAGAAAAAGAAAAACGAGUGUCUGAAUUGGAAGAAUUGAUUCAAAACUUUGGAGAAACUGGAGUUGUAAAUUUAAUUUCAGAAAAAGGAACUAUGUUGCAAAACCUUCAAGAAACUCAGAGUCAAAUUUCUGAAUUAGAAGAGUGGUCCCAAACUCACAAAUGUUUAGAAUCAGUCACUUUAAGUUCAGAAAAAGAAAAUAUACUGAAUGAACUACAAGAAAAGCAAGCUAAAGUGUCUGAAUUAGAGGCAUUGAACCAAACACUAAAACAUUUAGAAACAGAACUUAUUGCUGUAAAGUCAGUAAAAGAAAAUUUAUCAAAAGAACUGCUGCAAGAAAAGCAAAAUAAAAUGCUUGAAUUAGAAGAGUUAGGUAGAAAUCUAAAACUUUCUGACACAGAAAUUCUUGCAUUAAGAUCUGAAAAAGAAAAUGUGUUAAAAGAACUACAUGAAAAUCAAAGUAAAGUGUCUGAAUUCUUAAAGUAUGUGGAAAGUAUUGUUUCCUUAAAGUCAGAAAAAGAAAACAUGUCUAUUGAACUACAAGAAAAUCAUAAUUACCUAUUAGAAGAAUUGACUAAAACCCUAAAAUCUCUGGAGAUGGAGGUUGUUAUUUUAAGGGCAGAAAAAGAAAGCAUGUCUAAAAACCAGCAAGAAAAUCAAGUGUCUGAAGUAGAAGAAUUAACUCAAACUAUGAAAUAUUUAGAAUCAGAACUUGUGGCAUUAAGGACUGAAAAAGAAGCCAUAUCAAAUGAAUUACAUAAAGAAAAGCAAAGUCGAGUGUAUGAAUUAGAAAACUUGACCCACUCUCUACAGUUUUUGGAGACUGAAGUUGCCUCUUUAAGGUCAGAAAAAGAAAAUAUAUCAAAGGAACUGCUUAAAAAACAGGGUCAAAUGUCCGAAUUAGAAGAAUUGAUUGAAAACUUAAAAUGUGUAGAAACAGAGGUUGUUGCCCUAAGGUCAGAAAAAGAAAAUGUACUGAAAGAAUUAAAGGGGAAACAGUAUCAUAUUUGCCAAUUAGAAAAGUUGAUUCAAAACCUGAAAUGUUUGGAAAAAGAAGUUGUUGUCUUACGGUCAGAAAAAGAAAAUGCACUGAGAGAAUUGCAAAAUAAUAAUUAUCAGAUUUUUGAAUUAGGAGAAUUAGUUGAAAUGCUAAAAUGCUUAGAUUCUGAACUUGUCACUAUGAGAUUAGAAAAAGAAAAUGUUUUGAAAGAUCUACAAGAAAAGCAAAAUCAAGUGUCUGAAUUGGAAGAGUUGGUCAUCAGUCUAAAAAACCUGGAAACCGAAGUUAGUUCUUUAACUUCAGAAAAAGAAAAUAUGUUGAAGGACUUACAAGAAGAAAAACAGGCUCAAAAGUGUGAAUUAGAAGAGUUGACCAGAAACCUACAAUGUUUGGAAACUGAACUUGUUAACUUAAGAGCAGAAAAAGACAAUAUGUCAAAGGAGUUACAAGAAAAGCAGAGUCAAGUGUGUGAAUUGGAAGAGUUGACCAGAAGUCUAAAGUCCUUGGAACCAGAAGUUGCUUCUUUAAGGGCAGAUAAAGAAAAUAUGUUGAAGGACCUACAAGAAAAGCAGGCUCAAAAGUGUGAAUUAGAAGAGUUGACUAUAAACCUACAAUGUUUGGAAACUGAACUUGUUUCCUUAAGAUCAGAAAAAGACCACAUGUCAAAGGAGUUACAAGAAAAGCAGAGGCAAGUGUAUGAAUUAGAAGAGUUGACCAAAACUCUAAAUUCCUUGGAACCUGAAGUUGCUUCUUUAAGGUCAGAAAAAGAAAAUAUCUUGAAGGACCUACAAGAAGAAAAGCAGGCUUAUAAGUGUGAAUUAGAAGAGUUGGCCAUAAACCUACAAUGUUUGGAAACUGAACUUGUUUCCUUAAGAUCAGAAAAAGACCACAUGUCAAAGGAAUUACAAGAAAAGCAGAGUCAAGUGUGUGAAUUGGAAGAGCUGACCAGAAAUCUAAAGUCCUUGGAACCUGAAGUUACUUCUUUAACUUCAGAAAAAGAAAACAUAUUGAAGGACCUACAGGAAAAGCAGGCUCAAAAUUGUGAAUUAGAACAGUUGACCAGAAACUUACAAUGUUUGGAAACUGAACUUGUUUCCUUAAGAUCAGAAAAAGACCAUAUGUCAAAGGAGUUACAAGAAAAGCAGAGUCAAGUGUGUGAAUUGGAAGAGUUGACCAGAAGUCUAAAGUCCUUGGAACCUGAAGUUAUUUCUUUAAGGUCAGAAAAAGAAAAUAUAUUGAAGGACCUACAGGAAAAGCAGGCUCAAAAUUGUGAAUUAGAAAAGUUGACCAGAAACUUACAAUGUUUGGAAACUGAACUUGUUUCCUUAAGAUCAGAAAAAGACCACAUGUCAAAGGAAUUACAAGAAAAGCAGAGUCAAGUGUGUGAAUUGGAAGAGCUGACCAGAAAUCUAAAGUCCUUGGAACCUGAAGUUACUUCUUUAACUUCAGAAAAAGAAAACAUAUUGAAGGACCUACAGGAAAAGCAGGCUCAAAAUUGUGAAUUAGAACAGUUGACCAGAAACUUACAAUGUUUGGAAACUGAACUUGUUUCCUUAAGAUCAGAAAAAGACCAUAUGUCAAAGGAGUUACAAGAAAAGCAGAGUCAAGUGUGUGAAUUGGAAGAGUUGACCAGAAGUCUAAAGUCCUUGGAACCUGAAGUUAUUUCUUUAAGGUCAGAAAAAGAAAAUAUAUUGAAGGACCUACAGGAAAAGCAGGCUCAAAAUUGUGAAUUAGAAAAGUUGACCAGAAACCUACAAUGCUUAGAAACUGAACUUGUUUCCUUAAGAUCAGAAAAAGACCACAUGUCAAAGGAGUUACAAGAAAAGCAGACUCAAGUGUGUGAAUUGGAAGAGUUGACCAGAAGUCUAAAGUUUUUGGAAUCUGAAGUUGCUUCUUUAAAGUCAGAAAAAGAAAAUAUAUUGAAGGACCUACAGGAAAAGCAGGCUCAAAAUUGUGAAUUAGAAGAGUUGAACAGAAACCUACAAUGCUUAGAAACUGAACUUGUUUCCUUAAGAUCAGAAAAAGAUAACAUGUCAAAGGAGUUACAAGAAAAGCAGAGUCAAGUGUGUGAAUUGGAAGAGUUGACCAGAAGCCUAAAUUCCUUGGAAUCUGAAGUUGCUUCUUUAAGGAAGGAAAAAGAAAAUAUAUUGAAGGACCUACAGGAAAAGCAGGCUCAAAAUUGUGAAUUAGAAGAGGUGACCAGAAACCUACAAUGCUUAGAAACUGAACUUGUUUCUUUAAGAUCAGAAAAAGACCACAUGUCAAAGGUGUUAGAAGAAAAGCAGACUCAAGUGUGUGAAUUGGAAGAAUUGACCAAAAGUCUAAAGUUCUUGGAACCUGAAGUUGCUUCUUUAAGGUCAGAAAAAGAAAAUAUCUUGAAGGACCUACAAGAAGAAAAGCAGACUCAGAAGUGUGAAUUAGAAGAGUUGACCAGAAACCUACAAUGUUUGGAAACUGAACUUGUUUCCUUAAGAUCAGAAAAAGACCACAUGUCAAAGGUGUUAGAAGAAAAGCAGACUCAAGUGUGUGAAUUGGAAGAAUUGACCAAAAGUCUAAAGUUCUUGGAACCUGAAGUUGCUUCUUUAAAGUCAGAAAAAGAAAAUAUCUUGAAGGACCUACAAGAAGAAAAGCAGGCUUAUAAGUGUGAAUUAGAAGAGUUGACCAGAAAACUACAAUUUUUGGAAACUGAACUUGUUUCCUUAAGAUCAGAAAAAGACCACAUGUCAAAGGAAUUACAAGAAAAGCAGAGUCAAGUGUGUGAAUUGGAAGAGUUGACCAGAAGUCUAAAGUCCUUGGAAUCUGAAGUUGCUUCCUUAAGGUCAGAAAAAGAAAAUAUAUUUAAGGACCUACAGGAAAAGCAGACUCAGAAGUGUGAAUUAGAAGAGUUGACCAGAAAACUACAAUGUUUAGAAACUGAACUUGUUUCCUUAAGAUCAGAAAAAGACCACAUGUCAAAGGUGUUAGAAGAAAAGCAGACUCAAGUGUGUGAAUUGGAAGAAUUGACCAAAAGUCUAAAGUUCUUGGAACCUGAAGUUGCUUCUUUAAGGUCAGAAAAAGAAAAUAUCUUGAAGGACCUACAAGAAGAAAAGCAGACUCAGAAGUGUGAAUUAGAAGAGUUGACCAGAAACCUACAAUGUUUGGAAACUGAACUUGUUUCCUUAAGAUCAGAAAAAGACCACAUGUCAAAGGAAUUACAAGAAAAGCAGAGUCAAGUGUGUGAAUUGGAAGAGUUGACCAGAAGUCUAAAGUCCUUGGAAUCUGAAGUUGCUUCUUUAAGGUCAGAAAAAGAAAAUAUCUUGAAGGACCUACAGGAAAAGCAGACUCAGAAGUGUGAAUUAGAAGAGUUGACCAGAAAACUACAAUGUUUAGAAACUGAACUUGUUUCCUUAAGAUCAGAAAAAGACCACAUGUCAAAGGUGUUAGAAGAAAAGCAGACUCAAGUGUGUGAAUUGGAAGAAUUGACCAAAAGUCUAAAGUUCUUGGAACCUGAAGUUGCUUCUUUAAGGUCAGAAAAAGAAAAUAUCUUGAAGGACCUACAAGAAGAAAAGCAGACUCAGAAGUGUGAAUUAGAAGAGUUGACCAGAAACCUACAAUGUUUGGAAACUGAACUUGUUUCCUUAAGAUCAGAAAAAGACCACAUGUCAAAGGUGUUAGAAGAAAAGCAGACUCAAGUGUGUGAAUUGGAAGAAUUGACCAAAAGUCUAAAGUUCUUGGAACCUGAAGUUGCUUCUUUAAAGUCAGAAAAAGAAAAUAUCUUGAAGGACCUACAAGAAGAAAAGCAGGCUUAUAAGUGUGAAUUAGGAGAGUUGACCAGAAAACUACAAUGUUUGGAAACUGAACUUGCUGUUUUAAGAUCAGAGAAAGAAAAUAUAUUGAAAGAUUUACAAGAAAAACAGGAUCAAAUUUGUGAAUUAAGAGAGAUGAAUACAAACCUACAAUGUUUGGAAACUGAAGUUAUUUCUUUAAGGUUAGCAAAAGAAAACAUGUCAAAAGAGUUAAAAGAGAAGGAGAGUCAACUGUCUGAAUUAGAACAGUUGAUCAAAAGUCUGAAGUCUUUGGAAACUAAAUUUACUUCUUUAACAUCUGAAAAAGAGAAUCUGUUGAAGCAGCUGUGUGAAUUAGAGGAGUCAACUAAAAAUCUAAAAUGUUUGGAAACUAAAGUGGUUUCCUUAUCAUCAGAAAAAGAAAAUAUUUUAAAACAACUACAAGAAAAGCAGGAUCAAGUGUCAGGAUUAGAAGAGUUGACCAAAAAUCUGAAGUCUUUUGAAUCUGAAGUUGCUUCUUUAAGGUCAGAAAAAGAAAAUAUAUUAAAGGAGCUGAAAGAAAAACAAGGUCACACUUGUGAAUUAGAAGAAAUGCUCAUAAAGUUAAAAUGUUUGGAAACUGAAGUGAUUUCUUUAAGAUCAGAAAAAGAAAACAUGUCAAAAGAAUUGCAAGAAAGACAGAGUCAAACAUCUGAAUUAGAAAAGUUGUCCAGAAACCUAAAAUCCUUAGAAACAGAAUUUGCUUCUUUAACAUCAGAAAAAGAAAACAUGUUGAAGCAGCUGUGUGAGUCAGAAAAGUUGACCAAAAACCUAAAAUGUUUGGAAACUGAACUUGUUUCUUUGUCAUCAGAAAAACAAAAUGUUUUGAAAGAACUACAAGAAAAGCAGGCUCAAGUGGAAGAACUGAAAAUGUUAAAUGUUUCAUUUGAAAGUUUACUAGAAAAAAAGGAAGAGGAAAAGAGAAAACUUAAAGAAGAAUCCCAACAUACAACAGAGUUGCUUCAAAAACAGUUGAAUGAUCUAAAUGAGAAAAUAGAAUCCUUUCAGGAAGAACACAAUAUACAUAAGGCCAGUGAACAGGAUCUAAAUUGUCAAGUGGAUUGCUUAAAGCAUGAGAAGAUUCACUUGCUGCAGCAGCUUGAAGAGACUAAAAAUAAUAAUGCUAUGCUGAAAUCUUCUGUCAAUGAUUUUAUUCAAGAAAUAGAAAAUAACAAACAAAAAUUAGAGAAAACAACUGAAGAAAAUGGAAUACUGCAAAAGCAAGUUCAGGACCUCGGAAAACUCACUUCUAUGCUGACCCAGAUGGAGGCAGAGCAGCAACUCUGGGAAAAAGAAAAGUCACAGCUGGAACAUCUUACAGUUGAAUUACAGCAAAAGAUCCAAGAACUAUCAAAGAAUGAAACUUUGUAUAACAGUUUAGAAGCUUUGCAAAAUUCUUACGCCAAUCUGGAGAAUGAACUUAAUUUGACAAAGAAGGAAAACUCGUCUCUUCUUGAAAAGAUAACUAAAGUUACAAAUAAUGAAGCUUUGCUCCAGCAUGAAAUAAAUGAGAUGAUGCAAAAGAUGACAGUGUUACAAGAAGAAUAUAAUGGAGAGAAAAACAGGUUUACUGACUACAUAAAAAUUAAAGAAGCAGAGAAGAGUAAACAUGAAGUGGAAAUUGAGGCUUAUCAAGAGAAACUGGCUGCUAAAGAACAGCAGCUCAACUCACACAAGUCAGAGAUGGAGAUUUUGAGGUCCAAUAAAGAAGAAUUAACCAAUUCUCUGAAAUGCACUAGUAAGAUAUUAGAAGAUUUGAAGAAAACCAAGGUGGAAAAUGUAAAAUAUGUAACUCAGUUGAAGAAAGAGAAUGAGAAUGCUAGAGGAAAAAUACAGUUGUUGAUAAAAAACUGUAAGCAGCUGGAGAACGAAAAGGAAGCACUACAGAAAGAAAUUAAUGGCCUUGAAACUCUACAAGAGAAUCAGAAACAAAAUAGUACCAUGGGUGUUAAUGUAGAAGAACUUAUGGCUGAGGUGAAAGAACUGAAAGAAGCGAUUGAAGGAAAAAAUAAAGAGACAGAUGAAUAUUUGGAUAAGUAUUGCAACCUUCUUGUUAGUUAUGAGAAGAUGGAAAAAGCUAAAAAUAUGUUAGAAUCACAGGUUACUCUCCUGAAUUCUCUGCAAGGAAAAAUUGCCUCUCAGUCUUCUCCUAUGCUUAGUUCAGAUGAUUCAAUGCACUGUUCAAGUCAACCUGUUACUGAAAAUAAGACAUUAGCCAGUCAUGGGAAAGUUCCAAGCAAGAGACCAAGGUCUCGUAUUGCCAAGGAAAGUGAUGGAGACGCAUUGCCUUCUACACCAGAGACUUUUAUUAAGAAGAUCAAGAAGGAGGUGACACCAAAAGGCAUCACAUACUCCUUAAGGGGCUUGGAGAACACUCAGUAUGAGCCAGAAGGAUUACCAGAGGUGGUGAAGAAAGGAUUUGCUGAUAUCCCUACUGAGAAAACAAGCCCUUAUAUCCUUCGGAGAACAACCAUGGCUACAAAGACAAGGACCAGCCCCCGUCUUGCUGCACAGAAACUAUCACCUCCAGAUCUACAGAAGAAAGAGUCAAAAAAUCUUGCCGAGACCUUCAAACCAGCAGCUGGUGGCAGCAAAUCACAAAUGGCAAAAGAUGUCCAUCAGCACAAAGUAGAAUCAGUUGUGACAGGUGCAGAAACCAGCACAAGAUCUCCUCUGUCUACAAAUAAUUUUUCAAAAAAAUCUUCGGAUGAUGCAACUAAAGAGAGCAUGAGAACCAGGCGAGUCAAACAGUCCAAAGAAGAAUCCUGUAAGGUUCAAUAAAGUUUAAAAAUCAUCUCCUGAGUAUCAGGGCUAUAAAGCAAACCAUAGGAAUUAAACAUUUUGUAAAAGCCUUCCCGAAAGGCUUUUGUUUUAGUCAGUCUUACAAUUGUUGAUUUUUUUUAAAGAUGGCAAUGUUAGAACAAGAAAGUUUUCAUUCUCUCUUUGCGUUCCUCCUUGUACAGUAAUGUAAAUAGUCUUGUAUAGUUAUAUGGAUAAAAUUGUAAAAUAUUCAACUAAAUGGAGGAUGAUGCAUUAAACCUACAGACCAUAUUGUAUGUUAUAUUCAUUAAAAUGUCUAAUAGUAUCAGAAAUGUAUGUUAUAUUCUAGUUUUAGUCUGUAGCAGGAGACAUGUGAGAGAAUUUGUGGAAGGAAUUAUGAUGAUCCUAUGUCCACCUGAGUAAAUAAGGAAACCAUGUAUUUUUAGGAGUAAGUAAAAGCUAUGUAUAGUUUGUUUAUAGUGAAAUUAUGAUUUUGAAGUGUAUAGCUAACACAGGUGUUUAAAUAAAAAAUUGAUACAUGA